UCUUAGCAUCCCGGGUCUGAUGUCCGCACGCCGUCGUCUCUAACCUCUCUCCGGACACAGCUUUCAACUGCUGCAGCUCUGCUCCGGUAGACGCAGAGUCGGAAAUGGAGGAGGAGAAGAAAGGCUCGACCUCAGGGUUUUGGAGAUGGGCGAUUGCAUCAGUUCUCUUCAGGCUCAUCCUCGUCUUCUUCCCCAAGAACCUCCACCUCUCCUCUCGCCCCGAAGUCUCCACUCCUCUGACCAGUCUCCGUCGCCUCUCUGAAGGCUACUGGUUGAAGCAGUCGUCCAUGUCUCCCUACGCAGGAUCUAUGUACCACGGUUCUCCCCUGUUAUUGUCAAUUUUGGGGCCUCUUACUGCUCUAAGAAUUGAAGGACAACCGGAGCAUCUUCUCUGUGGUUUGUUUUUCAUACUUGCAGAUAUUGUCAAUGCAAUGCUCAUCCGAGCAACAGGGCAGUGUCUCCAAAUGGCAUACAGUCAGAGGUUGAAAGCUUUGGACCUUGUUAAACUGUCAGCUGCUUCAGGGACCAUACAAUCUGGAAAUCUUGCUGCUCUGGUCUAUUUAUGGAAUCCUUUCACAAUAGUUGCAUGUGUAGGUCUUUCCACAUCUCCGGUUGAAAACCUGGCUACUAUAUUAUCCCUAUAUGGAGCCUGUACUGGUUUGGUUCCCUUGGCAGCUUUUGGAUGGGUCAUAGCAACUCAUAUGUCUUUGUACCCAGCAAUUCUUAUUGUCCCAGUAAUUCUUUUGUUGGGAUAUGGUCCAGAUGCACCUCCUAGGAAAGUGUUUCUGCAAAAGGAAUACAAAAAUGGGGGUCAGUCUAAUGUUCAAGUUAUUUUCUCAUGGAGACAGCUUGUGCAUUUCGUGUUUUGGUCUAUUAUAUGGGGAACGUAUGUUUUGGUUCUUUGUGGCAUUUCUGUAAAGCAAUAUGCUGGCCUUCAGGAGAUGAUUAGAAGGACAUAUGGCUUCAUCCUCACUGUGGAGGACUUAUCUCCAAAUAUAGGCGUUUUAUGGUACUUCUUUGCAGAAGUCUUUGAUUUUUUCAGGAGUUUCUUUUUUAUUGUCUUCCACAUGAAUAUAUUAUUCAUGAUAUUGCCACUGGCUAUACGACUAAAGCACCGCCCUGCAUUUCUGGCUUUUGUGUAUAUAGCGAUAACUGCAACGUUCAAAUCCUACCCUUCUGUCGGAGAUUCAGCGCUGUACUUCGGUCUGCUGGCUUUGUUUGCAAAUGAAUUAGCAGAUAUUAAAUUCUCUUUCUUCCUUUUCUGUGGAUACAUCGGGGUCUCACUGCUGAGCCCUGUCAUGCACAACCUAUGGAUAUGGAGGGGCACUGGGAAUGCAAAUUUCUACUUUGCCACUGGGAUGGCCUAUGCUUGCUUGCAGAUAAUAUUGGUAGUGGAGAGCGUGAGCGCCAUGCUGGAUCACGACAGGAUGCUAAUGAAACUGGUGGCUGCGAGAAAGCAUGUCGAUAGCAAAUCUUAGGGCUUCUCCAACAUGAAUCAUCCCGUUGUUUUGUUCGAGCAUCUUGUUGUUGCCUCAGAGAACGGGAACCAGAACUGCAAUUUGGUUUUCGUGUGGCAACUGUGUGGAAGCUUCCGUUCCGAGGAGACAAAGGCCCGAAUGAGCUCGAAGAGAUAGUUUCCUAUACGAUUUUCCGGGUAUGGAUAAUGGUUGAUUAUGUUAAAAGCUCGCGAAGAUUGAGGAAUUGAAUGUGCACGUGUAGGUCCUUUUUGAGAGAAUCGAUUGGAGAAUACAUUUUGAUGAUAUAAACGUUUCAAAACCUUUAGGUCUUGUUGGACAGAACAGAGUGGGCAAUACAUUUUGAUGAUGUAAACGUUUCAAAGAUGUUCGCAUUUCAUUGAAGUCUCAAAUGCGCCAUUACUCUUCA